AUUCAAGUCUUCUGUCAGCGUCGACUUCAACGACACAAGCGAGUGAAGAGAUUGACCAGUAUACAUCGGUCAUCCUGUUCACAUCUUCCUUAUCUGAUAUCUAAUAGUCUUUGCCGUUCAAUUGAGCGCUUUCUCCUUGCCAGCCUCGUUUCCGCCACCGUUACAUCGCCAGAGCCUUGUCAGCUCUUAAUAUAUAUAACCUGCAUAUAUAUUGCGACGCCAACUCAUCUCGCUCAUCCUGUAUACGCCUCUAAUUGCUUAGAGCUCAUCUAUUUCAUCUGUUUCUCUGUUCAUUCACCAAAGAAAUACACAAAAUGCCCACCGCAAACGCCUCCGUCGCCGUCUCUGCGCCAGGCAAAGUCCUCCUAGCUGGCGGCUACCUGGUGCUGGAUCGCGCAUACACAGGCCUGGUGCUGGGGCUGAGCGCGCGCAUCAAUGUUAUCGCUGGCGAGAUCAUCACAACCGAGGGCGUUCAGCUCAACGAAAUUGUCGUCGACAGCCCGCAGUUCCAAGACGCGCAGUGGCGCUACGGCUACCACCUUGCGCCGGAAAAGGGGGGCAUCAAGGUGACCCAGCUGCAGGUCGGCCCCACCAUCUCAGCCAACCCCUUCGUUGAGACGACGCUGAGCUACGCCCUCACCUACAUCGACGCCGUUGUCUCAUCCAAGCGCUCUCACAGCGCCAUCAAGUCUUCACGCAUCAUCAUCCUUGCCGACAACGACUACUACUCCCACUCUCACGCUUCCUCGUCUGGCCGGUUCGCCAAGUUCCCCGUCACUCUUCAGGGGGCCAACAAGACUGGCCUCGGCUCCUCCGCCGCUCUCGUCACCUCCCUCACUGCCUCCUUGCUCACUCACUACUUGCCCACCAGCAUCUUUGACCUCUCCUCCAAGCAGGGCAAGCAGACGCUUCACAACCUCGCCCAGGCCGCGCACUGUGCCGCCCAGGGCAAGGUCGGCUCGGGCUUCGAUGUCGCUGCCGCCGUGUAUGGGUCCUGCACCUACCGCAGGUUUUCACCCGCCAUCUUGAGUGUGCUGCCCGAGCCCGGAGCCCCUGGAUUCAGCGAUAAGCUCCUCGCAGUCGUAGAUGGCCAAGAGUGGGACGUCGAAGUGCAAGACGAUGGUGUCACCGUGCCACCAGGGCUGGUCCUACGCAUGUGCGACGUCGAUUGCGGCAGCCAAACCGUCAGCAUGGUGAAAAAGGUCCUCUCGUGGCGCAGCCAAGACGAGCAGCACUCUACAGGCUUCUGGAACGACCUCCAGUCCAAGAACGAGGACCUGGCUGCCGCGCUCAAGGCCGGCGCCCUCGACCAGCUCCCCACCAAGCUCAGCCAGGUCCGCGAGCUGAUCCGUCAGAUGGGCCGUGAGAGCGGCGUUCCCAUCGAGCCCGACACGCAAACGGAGCUAAUCGAUGCCGUCAGCGCCCUCGAUGGCGUCUACGGCGGCGUCGUGCCUGGUGCUGGCGGCUACGAUGCCCUCGCCCUGCUGAUGCGGGAUGACGACCAGACGCUGGCCAAGGUACAGGACUUCCUGGCCACCUGGAGCCGCGAAAAAGACGCAAAGGUGAGGCUUUUGGGGGUAAAGGGGGAGAUGGAAGGGGUUCGCCAGGAGAGCUUGGACGUGUACGACGGGUGGCUAUAGCUUGCUUCAGCCCUGGGCGUUGUCGACUUAUUCCGCUCUUUGACAGGCGAGGUCUCCUGAGAAGCCGUAGAUCACUUUACAACAAAAGAAAGAGGAGGGAUAUGAAAGGUUCUUUUUUUCUUUUUCAUUAUUAUAAUACAGCUCAUAUGAAAGAAAAAAAGAGGAAGUAAAUAGAAGAUACCAAAUCGAUCAACAGACUCUGAUCCCUUGGUUGCAGCAGGCAGCUGUAUAUGGUCCGUGUCAUGUUGCACAGGCAAAAUCUCAUUACACCAAAAACCGUGCCACCCUGAGACAAAAAGCAUAGCGAAAUGACUCUGGCACACACGGGAGCGAAGUAGCAUAAUCAAAACAAAAAUGCAC